AUGCUGAGUGCUGACGUGCAAGUUGGCGAUGGCGACGCAGAGGAGGACAAUACGACGAGCACGGACAGUGGCAACUACCAUGCGCACUACUCAAUCGAGAAGUCGGCGCGACUCUUCUGCGACGACCAAAUGCACGCAGUGGCUAGGAAAAUGGCAGACGGUGCCAUCGAUCUAGAUUCACUGGAACAACUAGUGCGCGUAUCAAGCGAGCAAAUGAACGCCCGCAAGUUCAUGCUCACACUCGACACGACGUUUCGUGGAGCGAACGACGACGUGAGUGGAAACGUUGCGCAUGACAGCUGGAUAGCGCCCCACGUUCACGUCGACGCCUCGUUCCACGGCAGGUUUUGGGCACUCGACGAGCGUGCAUCGCGCUGCUACAUUGGGAGGGACAUCGACAGCAUUUCGAUCAGUGCGCACAAGUGGAGCGGAGGUGUUGUCUGCGGCUGUAUUGUGAUUGCAUGCCACGCAUACGAGCACGAGCAGGAAAUGCAGAGGCGACUAGGCGGAGAUGCGUAUGUGCCAUAUCUGCGUGUGAACGACGCAAUUAUAUCGGGGAGCCGAGACGGACUGAUCGCACCGCUGGGGCGUGCACGCUUCGACAGCUCGAUUGGAAGGCGGAAUAUGAAAGGAGCAAACGGCUCGAGGCUUUGUUCGAGUCGCUUCGGGAAGCUUCUGGCGUGCCGCAUAGCCGGAGUGAGAUGA